AUGACGCCCAACUCGAAGCCGACAAGACAGCCUUUCCGCGUUCUGGCUUUCAGCAAGACCUCUGGCUAUCGACAUGAUUGCAUCUCAGCUGCUGUCUCUGCCGUGAAGGCCCUGGGCGAGCGCACGGGACUCUUCACUGUCGAUCGCAGCGAGGACGCCGAGGCCUCUAUCAAUCCUCGAUCCCUAGCAACGUACGCGACUGUCGUGUUCCUUCACUGCACGGGAACGUUCCUGAAUGUUGAACAACUCUCAGCUUUGAAAGGCCACGUGAACUCGGGCGGCGGAUUCGUGGGGGUGCACGCCGCCGGCUCGGGAUUGAGGGAGGAUGAGUGGUAUGGCAAGCUGGUCGGCGCCCAUUUUGACCAGCAUCCGCCGCCCGAGGAGGGCACCUGUGUCAUUGAAGAUCGGGGGCAUUUCAUAAUGCGCCGUGGAGGCGGAAACCAUCCGGCGGAGGCGUGCGACGAUGUUCGGAAACAGUGGACGGACGAGUGGUAUAACUUUCUGUCGCAUCCUAGGGACAACAAUAACCUCCACAUCCUAGCUCGGGGCGAUCCGACAAGCUUCAAUGGCGGUUCCAUGGGGGACGAUCACCCGCUCGUAUGGUGUCAAGAGUUUGAAGGUGGAAGGUCGUUCUAUACGGCCCUAGGCCACUAUGAAGAGGCGUACGAGGACGAAUGGUUCGUUGGACAGAUUCUCAGGGCCAUUCUCUGGACUGCUCGUCAUGAAGACGAAAUGAUCCCCACCAUAUGA